CCAAGCGGAGAGCGGGUUUCUGCGACGGCAGGCGGCGCUUGUGCUGCCAGCUCCGUGCUGCGCGCGGUUCUCUCGAGCGCCGCGCUCCGACAGACGUAGCCGGCCCCGAAGGCGCCCAGACGGCAACCCAGCGACCCAUGCUGAAGUGAGCGCUCACCGGUCAGCGAGAUGCUGGCGCUGCUGACUGCCGGCGUGGCGCUCGCCGUGGCCGCGGGAGGAGCCCAGGACAGUCCGAUACCUGGCAGUCGCUUCGUGUGCACCGCGUUGCCCCCCGAAGCGACGCACGCAGGCUGCCCGCUGCCCGCGAUGCCCAUGCAGGGCGGCACGCUGAGCCCCGAGGAGGAGCUGCGAGCCGCCGUGCUGCAGCUGCGCGAGACCGUCGUGCAGCAGAAGGAGACUCUGGGUGCCCAGCGCGAGGCCAUCCGAGAGCUCACCGGCAAGCUGGCCCGCUGUGAGGGACUGGCCGGAGGCAAGGCGCGCGGCUCGGGGGCCACGGGCAAGGACACCAUGGGCGACCUGCCGCGGGACCCGGGCCACGUCGUGGAACAGCUCAGCCGCUCGCUGCAGACCCUCAAGGACCGCUUGGAGAGCCUCGAGCUCCAACUCCGCACAAACGCGUCUAAUGCCGGGCUGCCAAGCGACUUUCGAGAGGUGCUCCAGCGGAGGCUGGGGGAGCUGGAAAGGCAGUUGCUGCGCAAGGUGGCCGAGCUGGAGGAUGAGAAGUCCCUGCUCCACAAUGAGACGUCAGCUCACCGGCAGAAGACAGAGAGUACGCUGAACACGCUGCUGCAGAGGGUGACUGAGCUGGAGCGUGGCAACAGCGCAUUCAAGUCACCAGAUGCAUUCAAAGUGUCCCUUCCUCUCCGCACAAACUACCUGUAUGGCAAGAUCAAGAAGACAUUGCCCGAGCUGUACGCCUUCACCAUCUGCCUGUGGCUGCGGUCCAGCGCCUCCCCGGGCAUCGGCACGCCAUUCUCCUAUGCUGUGCCUGGGCAAGCCAAUGAGAUUGUGCUGAUAGAGUGGGGUAAUAAUCCCAUCGAGCUCCUCAUCAACGACAAGGUGGCACAGCUGCCCUUGUUUGUUAGUGAUGGCAAGUGGCACCACAUCUGUAUCACCUGGACCACUCGAGAUGGCAUGUGGGAAGCAUUCCAGGAUGGGGAGAAGCUCGGCACUGGGGAGAACCUGGCACCCUGGCACCCCAUCAAGCCUGGGGGUGUGCUCAUCCUGGGGCAGGAGCAGGACACCGUGGGAGGCAGAUUUGAUGCCACACAGGCCUUUGUCGGAGAACUUAGCCAGUUCAACAUAUGGGACCGUGUCCUCCGGGCACAAGAAAUCAUCAACAUCGCCAACUGCUCCACGAACAUGCCUGGAAACAUCAUCCCGUGGGUGGACAACAAUGUCGAUGUGUUUGGAGGGGCUUCCAAGUGGCCCGUGGAGACGUGCGAGGAGCGUCUCCUGGAUUUGUAGCUCCCUUCUCCCUGUCCAGGAGGCCAAGAUGGGGCUGUUCUGGGGAGUUCAAGGCCAUCUACUCCCCAGUUCAGCUAAAACCUCUGGCCUGAACAGAAAAGAGCCAGAGCCUAUUCCCAGGAAACCUCCAAGACAGGCUGUGUGGCCACCUUGUCCUAGGCUCAUUUGUUCCUUCUGAUUUUUGUCGGUUUUUCGGGGGAGGGGGGGUAGUACCAGGAUCCCACGGGAAGAGUCCUGAGCCACUUCCUGCUGGGAUUCUGUUAAAGUCUGUGAGCCCUUCCUCCAGCCCCUGUAAAUGCUAAUGGAGCCCAGCCCUACCUGUGCUUCGGAUCCUUGGUAUCCCGUGUGUGCUUCCUAUUCGUCCCCUUUGAUGGCUGUGGGACCACCCUACUGGGGUGGCCUGUGUCCCUUGUGUGUGCGCACAUCCCUGCUUUUGACCGAACACAUCGCAAAGACGCUACCCCCAUCCGCAAAAUGGUCUCCCCCUCAGUGUUCCUGUGUGUUCUGGUCUUUCCCUCUGAGGGAAUCGCAGCUGGUGGGGGGCCAGCUGCCCAGACAAUCCCCGCCAUCCCCAAAGCAGAGACCCCCCAUGGGGAAGGUCCCCCACGGCCUUCUCCUCCCCUCUGCCACCUCUCAGACCCACGCUUCUAAGGAUCAUCGCUGGGUUGGCUUUGAAAAGCUGCUCUUCUCAUCUGGUGCCAAAAGUUCAUUUGCAGCUUCUACAACCUUCGGUGUGGUUUGGGGAUUUACUUUCUUCCCCACAAAAAAUGAACAGCUAUUAGAAGCCUCCCAUAUUCUUUUGAUGCUCAGCCCACUGUGAAGAGUGAGCUUGUUUUGUAAGCCACAUUGGUUCCUGUGAGCAUCUGACUGUCCCCACCGAGUAUUUCCCCCCAGAACUUUGGAGAAAACGGGUGUCAUUUGGCUGCUACUUGCUUAGUGACUCCAGGCUACAUCAUAUAUCAUAAUUUAUUUUAAAGAGAAAGUGAUUCAGUGGGGAAAUUUAUAAAGCUAUAAAUAUUAUAUAUUUUAUUUUUCAUACAUGUUUGAAGUGCGGAUCCAUGGAUGUUCCAUUUGUAGGACCAAGUUGACAUUGACAUGCCCAUCCUGACAUUGUAUGCCACAAGAGCUCUUGUGAUGAUGGAAUUUUGAUUAAAGUGUACUGGAAGAUGC